AUGGCUGUAUUGUCCUCCAGUGUAUUGUCCUCCACUGUGUUGUCCUCCACUGUGUUGUCCUCCACUGUGUUGUCCUCCACUGUGUUGUCCUCCACUGUGUUGUGGAGGUAUAUCACUGUGUUGUCCUCCAGUGUGUUGUCCUCCAGUGUGUUGUCCUCCAGUGUGCUGUCCUCCAGUGUGCUGUCCUCCAGUGUGCUGUCCUCCAUGUGUUGUCCUCCACUGUGUUGUCCUCCACUGUGUUGUCCUCCACUGUGUUGUCCUCCACUGUGUUGUCCACCACUGUGUUGUGGAGGUCUACCACUGUGUUGUGGAGGUCUACCAGUGUGUUGUCCACCAGUGUGUUGUCCACCAGUGUAUUGUGGAGGUCUAUCACUGUGUUGUUCUCCAGUGUGUUGUUCUCCAGUGUAUUGUUCUCCAGUGUAUUGUCCUCCAGUGUGUUGUCCUCCAGUGUGUUGUCCUCCAGUGUGUUGUCCUCCACUGUGUUGUCCUCCACUGUGUUGUCCUCCACUGUGUUGUCCUCCACUGUGUUGUCCUCCACUGUGUUGUCCUCCACUGUGUUGUCCUCCACUGUGUUGUCCUCCACUGUGUUGUCCUCCACUGUGUUGUUCUCCAGUGUAUUGUCCUCCACUGUGUUGUCCUCCACUGUGUUGUCCUCCAUGUGUUGUCCUCCAGUGUGUUGUCCUCCAGUGUAUUGUGGAGGUCUACCACUGUGUUGUCCUCCAGGCCUAA